AGGCGAAAGGUAGCCGCCAUUUCAAGGAGUUGUAGGUUUACCAUUACGCAGCCCAUAAUCCUUCCACUCUAAAUUUCUACAUUCAUAGAGGCAGCGCUGUUUUGUAUUGCUUUCUCUUUCCUCAGUGAUCGGAAGAAUUACUAAUUUAUUUUAUAACGACGGAUUGUUUGUUUUGUAGAUAAAACAUUUCUCACCAGCUCGAAGGGAAACAGCUUCCGUGUUUUUUUAUUAUUCACAAAUCGGGGCCUGGUUGAGGCCUGCGUGCUGUUUGCAGAGCGAAUCCCCGGGUCUGUUAGGGGGAUAGUCAGAGCUACAAAAUGGCCGAUGAUAUUGAUAUUGAAGCAAUGCUGGAAGAACCUUACAGGAAGACUUGCCUAACGAUAUAUCACCUCUACUCCCAUGAAUUCACCUUUGAUUCCAGUGUGAACUGUCAAUCAUAAGGUAGUAAUUGAGUGACGUAUCGCUGUACCGUGGUCCCCUAGGUAAAAAAGACUUUUCUAUGAACUGCCGAGCUCCAGUUUGGCUUAGCAACAAGGUGAAUGUAGUGGUUUUUGGGAAAAAAAGGGGUUCCAAGAAUAUCCACUUUCACCAACAGAGCAGAGCGGUUCAGCAGUUUGCUAAUCUUAAGAGGAGGUUUUAACCAUUUUAUGGAUUUAAAAAAAUGCUGGUGAACCUCACAUGAGAAACAGCUUUGAAUUAAAAGAAAAAUUCUUGGAUCCCUCACAAGGUGUAGUCAUUUAAUCUUGAAUGGCUGAUAUGUGGUCUCCAUUCUGUAAUAUAAUUUCAGUUACCUAAAUUUACUGUAACUAUUUAAUAAAAGUUGCAGCUUUGAUAUGCCAAGUGGACUCCCUUCACUAUGCCUAGGGAUUUGUUUUACAGUUUGCAUGCAAAAGCACAGGACACCACCGGAAUAAUUCACUUUGUAAUUGGUGUCUUAAACCCUUUUAGUUUUUUUUUUUUUGUGGGCUUGCAACCACAGUGCUGGACUAGCCUAUUCUGUUAUGGCAUAUUUGUAAUAUUAAUUAACCUUAAAGGAGAUGUUAGGAAUCAUGAAGUUUAAUCAUUAACAUGGAUUCUUUCCAUGUAAACAGGCAUGGCACUAUAGAAAUGUGUAGGCUGAACAGGUGCAUAAUUGCUUACUUUUCUUGGGAGUCCCCGUUACUAAAGCAGUGUGAAUCCCUGUUUGCUUCAGGGCGAGAUGUGUGACAGAGGUGGCAUCAAGCUCUUACAGUCCCAACCCUCCAGCGAAAAUGGGCGAAGAUCACAGGAUUGGCAUCGGUCACAGGAAAUCGAUAGUGGCUGGCUGCUAGCAUGGCCGAUUGGGGCUUAGGCAAACAAUAACCUUGGAUGAGAACAAGUUGAGCAGUGCCAAUGGACAUGAAGAACGGAGCAAGAAGAGAAAAAAAAGUAAAAGCAGGAGUCGAAGUCGGGAGAAAAAGCGCAGCAGGAGUAAGGAACGCAAACGCAGCAAAGAUCGGGAAAGGAAAUCGAGUAAAAGCCAUGAAAGAAAACGCAGCCGCAGUAGAGAGCGGCGCAAGAGCCGCUCAAGAAGCAGAGAUAGAAGGUUUAGGGGAAGAUACAGAAGCCCUUAUUCUGGUCCAAAGUUUAGUGGAUCGAUGCGUGGGAAGAUGGGAGCACCACACAGCGUAAAAAUAAGGAAGCGGUCGAAGAGCAAAAGCCCUCAAAAGAAAGAAAAAAGCCCUGUGAGGGAACCAAUAGAUAACCUGACUCCUGAAGAAAGGGAUGCACGCACAGUAUUUUGUAUGCAACUUGCUGCAAGAAUAAGGCCAAGAGACUUGGAAGAAUUCUUUUCAACAGUCGGCAAGGUUCGUGAUGUGAGAAUGAUUUCAGAUAGGAAUUCCAGGCGAUCAAAAGGGAUUGCCUAUGUGGAAUUUGUGGAUGUGAGUUCUGUCCCUUUAGCAAUUGGUCUUACUGGGCAGAGAGUUCUUGGAGUUCCUAUCAUAGUUCAGGCUUCUCAGGCAGAGAAAAAUAGGGCAGCAGCAAUGGCCAAUAACCUUCAAAAGGGUAGUGCUGGGCCAAUGAGACUGUAUGUGGGAUCUUUACACUUCAACAUAACAGAGGAUAUGCUACGUGGGAUUUUUGAACCUUUUGGUAGAAUUGAAAGCAUCCAGUUGAUGAUGGACAGUGAAACUGGCCGCUCUAAGGGCUAUGGUUUUAUUACUUUUUCAGAUUCUGAAUGUGCCAAAAAAGCCUUGGAGCAAUUAAAUGGCUUUGAGCUUGCUGGCAGGCCAAUGAAGGUUGGUCAUGUUACUGAACGUACAGAUGCUUCCAAUGCUAGCUCCUUUCUAGAUAGUGAUGAACUAGAGAGGACAGGAAUUGACCUUGGAACAACUGGCAGGCUUCAGUUAAUGGCCAGACUUGCUGAAGGCACAGGAUUACAGAUCCCACCAGCAGCUCAGCAAGCACUACAGAUGAGUGGGUCUCUAGCAUUUGGUGCUGUAGCUGAUCUGCAAACCAGGAUUUCACAACAAAGUGAAGCUCUUGCAGCAGCUGCUGCCUCUGCUGCUGCCAUUUCUUUAGCACCUUCUCUACAGAUACCUAAUCCACCCACAACUCAACCUCUUGCCACUCAGUGCUUCCAGCUGUCCAAUAUGUUCAACCCUCAAACAGAAGAGGAGCUAGGGUGGGACACAGAGAUUAAGGAUGAUGUUAUUGAAGAAUGCAACAAACAUGGUGGAGUUGUUCACCUUUAUGUAGAUAAAAGUUCACCUCAGGGCAAUGUAUAUGUGAAAUGUCCGUCCAUUGCAUCGGCAAUAGCAGCUGUUAAUGCUCUCCAUGGGAGGUGGUUUGCAGGAAAAAUGAUCACAGCUGCCUAUGUUCCUCUCCCUACUUACCACAGCCUAUUCCCAGAUUCUAUGACUUCAACUCAGCUUCUUGUUCCUGUUCGCCGGUGAAUCAAACAAAAAGGGAAUCUGACUACCAGAAAAACUGAUUUCUAUAGUGUGCAGCAAGUACUUUGGAUUCUAUCAGUUAAUGGCUUUCAAUAAAGCCCUCUCUUCAUUGGCACAAUCUAGUUAAUUCAGUAUGCUUUUUACACCGUUGUUGGAAUAUAGGAACACAGUUUGAAGGGAGCUAAGUUCUGCUCCACACUACAGAAAAUGUUGUUCUAGUUGUUAGAAUUCCUUUUAAAACAUUUUUGUACAUAGCCUUUUUUAUUUUUGAGAGAACUGUUCUGAUGUUUUAUUAAGACCCAGGUGAUGAUGGAAGGGUGUGAUGUCAAUUUAUGUAUACUUCAAAUAUUUUCAAAAUAAAGAGUGAAUGCCAUCUUUCAUCUGACAA